CUGAGCCCACCUCCAGGGUUUGGGUCAAAGGAAAGCCGGGAGGAGGCACGGUAUCAACUUUCUCGUCUCCUGCGCCUGACCCUUCCCGGGACCCGUGAUGCCGAGGCAGCUGCAAGGAACGACGAACGGUCGGGGUUGAGCCCCAAGUGAGCUGAGGGCUCGCGCUCUUCUGGCCCUAUCCCCCGGGCCCGCCCCACUUGAAGAAAUGAGUGGUGGAUUGGCCCCAAGUAAAAGCACAGUGUAUGUAUCCAAUCUGCCCUUUUCCCUGACCAACAAUGACUUAUAUCGGAUAUUUUCCAAGUAUGGCAAAGUUGUAAAGGUUACUAUAAUGAAAGAUAAAGAUACCAGGAGGAGUAAAGGGGUUGCAUUUAUUUUAUUUUUGGAUAAAGACUCUGCACAAAACUGUACCAGGGCAAUAAACAACAAACAGUUAUUUGGUAGAGUGAUAAAAGCAAGCAUUGCUAUUGACAAUGGAAGAGCAGCUGAGUUCAUCCGAAGACGAAACUACUUUGAUAAAUCUAAGUGUUAUGAAUGUGGGGAAAGCGGACACUUAAGUUAUGCCUGUCCUAAAGAUAUGCUUGGAGAACGUGAACCUCCAAAGAAGAAAGAGAAAAAGAAAAAAAAGAAAACUCCUGAACCAGAAGAAGAAAUUGAAGAAGUAGAAGAAAGUGAAGAUGAAGGGGAAGAUCCUGCUCUUGACAGCCUCAGUCAGGCUAUAGCUUUCCAGCAAGCCAAAACUGAAGAAGAACAAAAAAAUGGAAACCCAGUUCAGGAGGUCCUUCAACAUCAGAUGAUUCAAGACGCCCAAGGAUAAAGAAAAGCACAUACUUCAGUGAUGAGGAGGAACUUAGUGAUUAAAAAUAUAUAUAUUAUGUAAAUAUCAUUAAAAACUUUUUUU